GCCGGUUGGCGGCGGAUUAACCGCCGUGCCCGUUGCCUCCAGCGGCAGAUCCCAGGCCUUUCAGCACUGGGAUAGCUCCGGCAGCCAUGGCUGGCAUCCUGGAGGUGAUCCUGGCCUUCAGGAAAUCCCUCAUCAUCGUCGCAGUAGUCGUUUUGCCUCUUGCUCUGCCUCUGGCGGUGCCGACCAAGGAGGCCAAAUGUGCUUAUGCUAUCAUAGUGAUGGCAGUUUUCUGGUGCACAGAAGCAGUUCCAUUGCCUGUCACAGCUCUCCUGCCUGUCCUGCUGUUCCCACUAAUGAAUAUCAUGGAUGCAAACACAGUUUGUCGGGAAUAUUUAAAGAACACCAAUAUGCUUUUUGUUGGGGGGCUGCUGGUGGCCAUUGCCAUUGAGCACUGGCACCUACACAAGCGUAUGGCUCUCCGGGUCUUGCUUCUCACUGGUGUCAGACCAGCCCUGUGACUAAAUGGGCAGAAGAUCAAAAAUUUAACAAUGCCGGUCUUAAAAUGAGGAAAUUUGGUUUCUUCAGCUUUGAGUCCAUUGUGUCCUAGCCUUGAAAUACUGAGCUGUGCAGGCACAAUAUCUUUUCCUCUCCAACCAAGCUUCUGCAUCUCUUUUGUUCCUUGGGAUACAGGUAGAACUCAUGUCCUGACAAUUGAGGACGAGAGGAAGGGAAAUGAAGAUCCGCUGGAGGAGAAACACUUGAAACUGUGCAAGGGAAUGUCUCUCUGCAUUUGUUAUGCAGCCAGUAUUGGAGGGAUUGCAACUCUGACUGGGACAGGACCAAAUCUGGUACUUCAAGGACAAGUUGAUGAGCUCUAUCCUGAUAAUGGUGGUAUCAUCACCUUUGUCUCCUGGUUCUCCUUUGCCUUCCCCACCAUGCUUAUGCUGCUGGUUUUGGCAUGGAUUUGGCUCCAGAUACGGUACUUGGGCUUUAAUUUUAAGGAGAAUUUUGGUUGUACUGGAAAUUCCUCUGCCAAGGUUAAGGAACUAGAGGCCUAUGCCAUCAUCAAGGAGGAGAACAAGAAACUGGGCAGAAUGAAAUUUGCAGAAAUAGCAGUUUUGGUCCUCUUCAUACUCCUGGUACUGCUCUGGUUUACAAGAGAUCCUGGUUUUGCUCCAGGCUGGGCAACAAAUCUUUUCAACAAAAAAAAAAAGUAUGUCACUGAUGGCACAGUUGCCAUCUUCAUUGCAGUUUUGUUGUUCAUCGUCCCUUCUGGCUUUUACAAUGCACAAACAGAUGGCAAGUCAAAGUUCCAAGCACCUCCACCUCUUCUGGAAUGGAAAAUAGUUCACCAGAAAAUGCCAUGGAGUAUUGUGUUUCUGCUGGGAGGUGGCUUUGCCUUAGCCAAAGGCAGUGAGAAAUCUGGUCUUUCUGCAUGGUUAGGUACCAAACUCACUCCCCUGCAGAACAUCCCUCACCCAGCCAUUGCUUUCCUGGUGUGUCUCCUCGUUGCCACUUUCACCGAGUGCACCAGCAACGUCGCCACCACCACCCUCUUCCUCCCUAUUGUGGCUUCAAUGGCUGAAGCCAUUUGCCUCAACCCACUCUAUGUCAUGUUGCCCUGCACACUUUCUGCAUCGCUGGCGUUCAUGCUCCCUGUGGCCACUCCUCCCAACGCCAUUGUCUUCUCCUAUGGACAGCUCAAGGUUAUUGAUAUGGCCAAAUCUGGAUUUGUACUCAACAUUCUGGGAGUUCUGACAAUAACUCUUGCUCUCAAUACCUGGGCUUCAACUUUGCUCCAGCUGAGAACUUUCCCAUCUUGGGCAAACAAGACAGGCAUGUGCCCAUAACGUGGAGAGGCGAAGGAACCAGUGAUUGUUCCUGUUAGAGCUGCAACGAGAGCAGGACUGCCAUCCACGCCAGUUUUGCCAAGGCAGUGGUACAGAGACAGGUCUGUUCUGUGGAAAAGCGUAAUCUACCCUCAAGCAAAACUGUUCUGUUGAUAACAGAAAUAAAAUUGCUUAAUAGUG